UGGGAAAUGCUUCCUCACAACCACACAGGCACUGUAGUGCCCUUCGUAGACAGCUCGGGACCAGGAAAGCAGAACAAAACGCAUAUGCACGCAUACAGAUGACAGUAACAUAUCUGGCAAUCGAGACCUAUCUGAGCAAGCUUCGACCUCUCAACCCGCCCCUCGACCGUAAAUUCCGUCGUCCUGGCCCUCUGCGACGAGUAAGUCUGAUCGCACUCGCCUGCCUACGCCUUCGCGCAUCGAGGAAUCCCGGGCUCGAGGCCUGCAGCAGCAAGGAUGAAGGUCUUGGAGGCGCAGUCGGCAGUCUUGACCAAUGUCGAAGUCUACGAAUUUCUGUCCAACCAAGCGAAGCAGUACCAGGAACAGAAGCGUCGAGGUCCGGGGAACCUCGAGACGCUCCGCAGAGAGGUUCUGCAAUACUUUGAGACGCCCCCGGGCCCGUUGAGCCAGAAGCCCUUGCCCUACGAUUCCAAAGCCAUCGCCGUUCUGGUCAAGCGGCUGGUCCCGUACGAGAUCACCAAGGGCGAGUGCAUCAUGGUCCUCAACAUCCGCCCCACCAGCAUCCCGGUCCUUAACACCGUCGUCGAGGAUAUGGAGGACCGUUUCAACGCCGACCAACAGCAGGAGAUCCUCGAUAUCGUCGUCGAAAUACUCGGCCAAUUCCCCGUCGAAGGGGGGGAGGACGGUCAAGGCGGCGGCGUCCUGCAAACCACGGAAAAUGGCCAAUGA